AUGGCCAAGGUAUCCAAAAACGUUUUUUUACCUAAACCAACGGGCUUAGCUCAGUUUUCAAAAUAAGGGUUUUUUUUUUUAAAUUUCUAGGUCCAAAAAUAGGCUUUUCAGGAAGCUUCUAUAUGGAAUUUUAUUAUUUGAAAAUGAAUAACCUUCUAAAAAAAAUUUCAAAAUUUUCCAGCAAUUGGCGACGGAUUCUUUCGUGACCUUCUCGAACAUCGAGGAAAGCUCUCCCUCGUAUCACCGACAGUACGACUUCUUCAUCUCCAAGUUCUCGCAAAUGUGCCACGCCAACUCCAAGCGCAGCAAGUACGGCGAGGAGGCCCAUCGUAUCCGGUGUGCUGGCCUUCGAGGACUCAGAGGUUCGUUUUGAAAAUUAUUAUUUCAGUAUUUGGAUUUUGAGCAAAGGGAACCAAACAAGGCAAAAAAGAGUCUUUGAAAAAUAUUUUUAUGGUUUUUUCUGAUGUCUCAUUUUCGGCAGAUUGAAGAUAUUGAAGGUUUUGUUCGUUUUGAAAAAUUAAUACCGAAAAAAAUUUGAUUUCUUGAAUAUUUACGAAAGGGACGUGAUAGGAGGCUUUCUGAAGAAAAAAAGGGUUUAGAAAAAUAUGUUAUACAUUUUUUUCCAAUUCUUUUUGAAAAAAAGAUAAGUGAUAUAAAUAGCUGCGAAAAAAAGUCUAUGAAAAAUUGAGUAAAAAGGAAAAAAAUUUUAACUGAAAAUAUGAGAAAAUCAUUAUUUUCCUGUCUUCAAAAAGCCUUAUAACUUUUUCCUUUGUUAGAAAUUUUUUUGUGAAAAAAAGAAAAAAAUUCUCGAAAACGAAUACAAUUUUCACGGAGAAAAUUCACUAAAACCCAAUAAAAUUGUUGUUUUUCUUUUGUCAUGGGGGUUUCAGGGGGUCCUUUAAAUAAACUGAAGAUUGAAUUUUUUUGAAUCCUCGAAAAAGAAAAAAAUAUGUUCUGUUCCCUGUCAACUUGUGUUUGAGUGAAUUGAAUGAAUGGAUAAACUUGGAAACGUUUUCGUUUUUUAAAAUUUAUCCUCAUUAACCAAUGAAUUCCACAUCUAAAUAUAUUAUUCUGAUAAAUGUGGUCUCAGGAGUCGUUUGGAAGUCGGUGACCGACGACCUGCAUCCGAAUAUUUGGGAGCAAGAACACAUGGACAAAAUCGUCCCGUCAAUCCUCUACAAUCUCCAUGAACCUGGUGAAUAAAUGAACCAAAAAUCCAUUCAUUUCAAAAUCAAAAAGAACUUUAUUCAUUCAGACGAGCUCGAUAACAAAAAUGGGCAAGCCUCUGCGACUGGCGGGAAGAGCACCUUCGACGCGUCUUCAUUCGCGGACUCGUCGCCGAUCGCCCGCGACGAAGACGAGCAGACUCCGCGACUGCUGUCCGAUCGCUGCCUUCGCGAGCUCAUGGGAAAGGUGCUGGCAAAUCGGGGGUCAUAUAGAAUGAAGAAAUCAUGAUUUGAAAUAGAAAAAGAAAAAUAGCUAUAGCAGUUUCAAAGUUAAGAAAAUUUCGGAAAGGUACUGGAAAGGUACUGGAAAAUCAGAGGUUUCCGGCGUUGAAACAAUAAAAACAAGAAUUAACGGUUUAUUGUUUAUUGUUUAUUUGUUUAUUGCAUCUUCAAUGUAAGAGUACAUGUGCAAUCGACUUCCAUUGAUUUAACUGUUUUUAAACAGCGGCAGGAGCUGUGGCUUAUGCAGAGAAGUUGUGAAUUUCGCUCGUAGAACAUCAGGUACAAGAGAGGUCGUAGGAAGAAGUACGGUGCCGGCUUUCCAAAGGCCGAUGGCAGAGAUUGAGCCUUUCGCUGCAUGCAGCUCUUAAUUUUAUCUACCCCGGAGGGAUGAAAUUUAUUUCUAUCACGGUUUAUGAUAGAAAAAAAAGAUAAAGAAGGGUCGAUUUCAAACUUAAAAUUUUAAAAGAGGACCUGUAUUUUAACGAUGAUAGUCCAGCAGGAAGAAGUCAUAAGUUAAGAUAGAAAACAGUGAAAAAAAUUUCAAAUUUUCUCUUCAAAGUUAGCUUCAAAAAAAAAAUGUCUAAAACUUUGAAGAUCUAGAAAACUUUUGUUAAUUUGUCUUUAAUAAAAAUAACUCUGAAUUAUUUUUUUUUGCACAAGAUUCUAUGUACUUAACACUAAAAAAUGAACGAUUUUUUGUGAUCUGCAAUUGGAAGGUCCCAACGCGUAAAGUACGUUUCAGCCAAGCUGCAUAAAAGUUCUCAUCCGCAAAUGGGCAAUUACAGAUAUCAAUUUUCCCAGAGGUGGAGAAAUGGAGCCCCAAAGCGUUUACAUUUCUAAACCGACGUAGGCCGCCAAUGCCAUUUCUUAAUAAGUCGCUGCCUGGGGCGCCAGGGGCCAAAAACGCGACGGCGAAAAACGCCAUUAAAAGAAAAAGAGCGUGUAAAAAUUGGAGUUUUCUAAAAUCUUGUAAAAUCGUUGUUUUCGAAGCUUUCAAAUUCAAGGUUACUUGGAAUUUUUGAUUUUGUGGCGGCGGAAAUUUAUUCUCUCGGCGGAUCAUUAACCAUAAAUCUGAAAAUUUUCGCCUGAAGUAAAAAAAAACUCCACAUAGAAAAAUUUAACUGAACUUCAUAACCACCGAAAAUUUGAAAAAAAUUGCGAAAAACUAAGAUUGAAUGAAAAAAAUUAAUAUAAAUGACAAAUUUUUGCCCAACUUUUGCAACGUGGUUUUACACGCCAUUGACACAUAAUGACGCGGCUCGUUUCUUCUCAGAGGCCUGAUGGCUAAGGCGGGCAUGAUGCGCACGGGAGGGCCUCUCAUUUCUUCAAACUAAGCCUAAACCCAAAUGGCGCAGAACAAGUCUAAUUAGUCGAUGAGAAGGGAUUGGCUCACUAAAAUUUACCGAAAUGACAAGCAAAAAUAAUUUCAGGGAGGUAGUGAUGACUUUAGCUUGAGAAGAUUUGGAAAGAAGGGCUGAUAGUCUUAAAAAUGAUUUUCUUUACGUGAGGUCCACUCGAGGAAUAAAGUUCCUUUUCUUGUGUGAAAGGUGCGAGCUCUGACUGGUCUCCGGAUAAUUUUUCGAAAAACAGAAGACGUUCCAGGCGUCGUUCGGAUCCCUCCGCGCCGUCAUCGAGCCGGUCCUCAAACACAUGGACCUUCAUCGACAAUGGACGCCGCCGCCGAAUUUCGCCAUCCACGUCUUCCGAGCCAUCAUCUACAGUAUCCAGAGCCAGAAUAGCUACUUUGUUAUUCAGGUCAGCGAAAAAGUUCAAUUGGUUUCAGGAGCUGAACUUUCUAAUGAUACCUACUUAAUUGGAUGAAUAUCUUCAUAAUUUAUUAUUCAAGAGAGUUUAGGAGUUGAUCAACCACCUGGAUUUUUUUUUGAUGUAUCAAGGAGUUCUCAGAGCUGUUCAACCACCUGGAAUUUUUUUGUGACCUCAAAAAAACUCUUCCUCUCAAAAUUUAUCAUCCAAAAGGUUUCAGGAGUUGAUCAACCACCUGGACAGCAUGUGCACGGCGGAAGCAUCGACCCGAAUCGGAAUCGCCACGGUUAUCUCGAAUAUCGUCUCCAUCGCCGGCACCAGCAUCGGACCUCUUCUUCUCUCCAUUUUUAACUCGCUGCUCAAACAUUUGCGGACCUCUGUCGACUUUGAACGGAGUGGAAAGUGUCAGGAUCGCCACGCCGAACAGCAGUACCAGGAGGCGUUGAUCAACGCCAUGGGCGACUUUGCCAACGCGCUGCCUGACUAUCAGAAGGUGAGAGGGAGGGCUGAAGAUGUUCAGGAAUCCUAUCGCUUACUUCCAUUUACCUUCAUUUUUCGAACUGACUCUCCGUGUAAUGUACUCCACUCCAAUUUAAUCUAACUUAAGAAAAAUUUCUCUUCUCAUUUCAAAGUAUUUUUCAAGGGCCAACUGCCCUUUAACACAACCAGUUAUGAAUGGAGGAGAAUGUGAAGUAAAAACAUAAUAAAACAAUUUAAUAAAAGGGGAUCGGGAUUUUUUGAGAAUGUGAGAAAAAUGUGUAGAAAUCUUUUCCAACUGGUUUUGGGUUCAGAAUUGUGAAAACAGCCCAAAAACAAUGGGGAUGAGUUUCAAGCUUUAAAAGUUCAAACACUGAAAAAAACAAUGCUAUUUUUUUAUGAGUAAUUUACAUGUUAUGUUAACUUUUUUUAAGAAUGUAAAAGAGGCUGUUGUGAAGAUUAAAACUGUAAUAAAAUAUGAAAAAAAAAGAAAGUAGGAGUCUUUACCGUAAAUAUUCACUUUUUUUCUAUAUUCCAAUUACAGCACCUUGAUCAGUUGCUCAGUUAAUUUAUUCAAACUAAAAAAAUAUCCAUAAAAGUUGUUAAAAAGUACACGGAAAGCUUAUAAAAAAACUUCAAGGAUUGUUUCAAAGGAAAUAUAGACAUUUUUCAUAAGGUGAAGGCUGGUAGUUUGUUUAAAAUUGAUGAAUGAAUGGGAAAAACUGAGGAAUAAGUUUGUUCAAAAUCAAUUUUCCAGGUGGAAAUGAUGAUGUUCACCGUUGGCAACAUUCCGAAUCUUGAUGAGCGUCGAUUGAAGCAGGGAGACGAGUUCUUGCAGCAUGUUCUCGUCAAGACCCUUCUCAAGGUCAUCAUCGUUUUAAUUUAUUCUUUGAAGAGCGGAAAAAUCAGCCAAUCAAGAUAUUUUGGACUCCUAAUGGUAGACUUAAGGGUAUUGUAAAAGAAAAUUUGAAAGUUGAGGGUAUUUAGGGAAUUUUCAUUUUAUUGGAAUAUAAGGGAAUGGGGCUUUUUUUCUUAGGCUGAAUUUUAAGCUUCAGUUGUAUUAUAAGGAUUAAAAAAGUUAACAUAGUUGGAUUUUUAACCAUUUUCUAUAUGGUCUAGGUAUAGAAAAGCAAAUUUUUCACUUUUUUAGGCAUUUAAUCAUGCUCAACUGUUUUAUUUUGGAAAAAUCAACUUCAAGUUAAAACAGUUAGAUUUUUUGAAAAGUUAGAUUUUUUAAGGUAGCAACAAAGUACAGAACGGCGUAUUUGGCAACAGUUUUCACGGAUUCUUUCCUGAACACACUGCUCCAACUCGCCCUGGUCCGGGAUCCCCAAGUUCGCCUCGCCACUCAACUCAUUUUCCACACUCUUCUUGAUAGGUAAUCACUCGAAAUGUUGAUUUUUUAUUUUUUCCGUGUGGGUUAGGGAGUCUCAAUUUCAAAAACUUCCAUUUUCUCAAGUUUUAUGUUUCUGUUGAAGCGCUCUUUAUUAUUGAAGUAUAUUAUGGAAUUUUGGAAAGGUCCCUCUAGGGUUUUUCUAAGAACCCCUAUAGGGAGAGCGUAGGGAUCGGGCUACCUUAUAAGGCCCUUGUUACACUCCCUAUAGGGUCUCCUUCAAAGUUUAUGGAGAAAGUCCAAAAGAAGGAAAAAGGCCUUCAAGCACCUUUUCUUGACUCUUUGAAAGUUCCUUUUUAAGGAGAUAAAAAGGUGUUAAAAUAAAGGUUUUUUCAAGUUCCAGAAAAAAGAUGAGUAGUCAUUCUACUUGAAAAGGUGAGAGAAAGCCGACUUUUUAAGACUUUCUAGGAGAUAAACGGGAAUAUUUUCCUUCAAACUUUGAAAAAACCUAUUUCGACUUCGCCAGCGGUUUAUUUUUUUCAACCCUGUUGGAGUUCUUUGUCAAAUUUAUAGGCACGACAACUUGUCCCACCUGUCUCAUAUGAACUACCUGCUCGACGUUUCCGACGUUCAAUUGACCGUCGAAAAAUGUUCAAGAGCUGACCAAAUGUUCAUGAGGAAACAUAUCGCCGACAUCUCAAAUGUGCUCUACCGGUAAGUUUUUAUCGAAAAUGGAAUCAAAUAAAAAAUAGGAACCAAAAGUCAGCGGAAUAUCUAAUGGUAACAUAUCCCUGGGGAAAAAUCUUUUUUACGAUUUUUUUUUUUCGAUAGAUUUUUCAGUUUUUUUAAUGUCCCUAUAUAAAUCACAUAGCGGUUUCAUGAUGAAAAAAAGCAAGGAAAUAUUAAGAAAAAAAUUAUAUAAAACAGGAAAAAAAGUUUUUUUCAACGAACAACUGUCCGACAACAUGCUAUAAAGUACGGGCGUUUACAAAAUGCGACCGGUGCGACCGCCUAUAAAGUACGACCGCUUUUUUUGUACUCCACUGAAAAUUAACAAAAUACGGGCGUUUCUUAAUCUUAUAUAUUUCCUCUAAUACGAAAUCAAUGAAUUCAUGAUGAUAAAUUUUUCCUUUAAUUGCUUGAAAAACUUUGGCUUCUCAUUAGGCUUCCCAUUAGAAGCGUUUGAAAAACGAUUCCACACAGUUCAUGAAUCUUUAAUAAACCGGUAAUCAGGUUAAAAAAAAUUUAUUACGGGACAAAAUUAACCAUGAAAAAAAUGGUUUAAUGAAAUACUAUCAAAAUACAGAAAAGACACCAUUAUACUGAUCAGAAAGCUACUGAAAAAAUUAGAAAUUCGUUUAUUUUUAAAAAUAAUGGUAAUUCAAAAAACGUCCGUAUUUUAUUAAUUUACAGUGGAGCACAAAAAACAUCUCAUUUUAUAGGCGGUUGCACCGGUCGCAUUUUGUUAACGCCUGUAAUUUAUAGCAUGCCCUUUUCGACCGAAAACUCGCUACUUGUACCAUCUAAAAAUGAAUCGAAACAUUUUCAGAGCAGCGGUUCUUGUUGAUGAGGAAGGUCUCCAGCCACAUAUUGAUGCGAUUCAGUGCACCAUGAGCCUUUUGUGCAUCGAAGUCGGCUUUGAUGAGGUAGAAAUUGAAAAAAAAAGCAAAAAAUAUUCGAUCAAAACACUUUAUUAAUCAAAAAAUGAAAUAUUUUGAAUCUAACUUCAAAAAAUAAUAUUUUUGGUCGUGUACAUCUUUUUCUACUAUUUCAGACCUUGAUCGAGCUGUUCCGAUUGUCUCUGGCCCUCCAAGAACUAGCCCUCGACUCUUCCCAGCAGUUCAGCGACCAAAAAAGGAUCGCCAUCCAUAACCUCGUCGCCAAGUGACUACUCCCAGACUUUCAUAUUCAUCAGAAAGUUUUUCAAGGUACAUGAACCUGGCGGCGCAACUAAUGGCGAACCCUUCGUUGUGCCAGCAUGUCCAGCAAGUCGUCUCCUACAGGGCUCAACGGGGCGCCGCCGGCCUUAACCUUUUGAAUUCCCUGAAAGAUCCGCUGACGUCGGCCGCCUCGACCCCUCCUGCAGAAGAGAAGGAAGCGAGAGAAAAGGAGGAAACUGGCCGUGGAGAUCGAAUCGAAGUCGCUGCGAUGGCUGCUGAGCGGGGACUGUUAUUCGAGAUCGAUGACGUCGCCGAGUCGCUUAAGGUGAGGCGGAACCGUCUAAGGUCGGAUGAGCUUGAGUUAUACAGUUAUUUCGGCUUUCUUGUAAAAUAGGGGUUGAGUUCCAUGAAAAUUGUGUCGUUCUGCGCGAACCGUGUGACGUCGGAUGACCUUGAAUCGCAGAGUUACGCAGUCUUUUUUGAGAAUAUUUAUGUUGAUGACGUCUUCUCGAAAAAAAAACAGUAAAGAGGUUUCUCGGGCUCCGGACGUUUCUGUGCGUUUCUAGAGAUCACUUAAGAGUGCUGAAGCUACUAAAGGGGUCACUAGAAACGCGCUCGACGCCGUCGAUUCGCGUUACCAAUGUCCCUCGUGCUACCAUAUUCAACAGAGCGAGUAAAAUCAGACCGUGUCCAAACGAUUGCAGUAUUUUCAUCAUUAAGGCUUCCGGCAAGGACGUCUCACGUUUGUACGUCCCCUUCUUGACGUCAACCGGUAACAAUGUGUCUGGUAAUGACUCCAACGACGUCAACGCGGAUUCUGACGUCGACAUGAACGACGGACGAGAUUCGCCACCCCUUCCGACUGGUUUCUUCAUUUAUUUGAAAGCCUUCCUUCAAGUUAUUUUCGAAAAGUGGUCGGAUCAUCCAAGGAUGUAGUAGAUGAACAUCCUGAGACUGAAAAACUUAAAAAUAGGGUUUCGUCUCGUUUUUUGUUAUAUCAGGUCGAAGAAAACUUGUUGAAGCUGAUUUAGAUCUCAUGAAAAUCAAUUCAGCUGGAAUUGACGACGUCUCCGUAGACAUGUCGAUGGAUUGGACGCCGCCAGUCAGCACGGCUCCAAGCCGCCGAAACACCGUUUUCACUCUUAAUCCACCUAGUUGGUGUCAUCACCCUGAUGCCCUUACCAUUUAUGAGCUUUUCAGGACUCAAUUCGGUUGGCCUACCUCCAACGGUCGAGGCUUUGCGCGUCUACGCAAAUCAACCGUACGACGCCGCGGAGGAGGAGCGCAAGGAGAAGGUAAGGAUUUUUGAAAAAAUCGAGAAAAAAAAUGGAUUGUUUUUUGCCUGUACCCAGCAAAUGAAGUUUCAAUUUUGAAGUUUUUGAGGAUUUCAAAACUUUGGAAAAUUCACGACGUAAAAAAAUAGGAUUAGCAGUAGAACUUGAAAAAAAGCUCCAGAAGCCUUCAAGCUCGAAAUCGAGUGUCUGAAGAAAGUCAGGUAGGCGAUAAAACUAAGAAAGAACUUUUCCGCCAUAGAGGGGCAAGUACAGAACUUAGUCAGGCCGGGAAGAAGGUUCGCUUACAAAAAAUUCAGAAAAUUAGGAAUAAAAUCUAUUUUCAACCUCAUGAGGUUAUUUCGGUCAUAAUAACACAAAUUUUAGUCUCAGGGAGGAUUCAGACUGAAAAUUUCAAUAGAUAAGUAGAAAAAAAGUUAGAAACUUUGUUAAAAAUUUCUUUUCGAAUCUCUAAAAGCUGUAGCACUUUUUAUCUCGAGGAAAAACCGAAUCUUAAAUGGCAAUUUCAAGGCUCUUCUUGUCUGUUUGGAGUUCACAUCAAAGGGAAUCCUUCAGUGGAGCUUAUUAAAAAAUUCUGAAACGUGUUCAAACCUUGUUCACCGAUAAAAGCUUUCCAGGAGCUGACAGAGUCGGUCCUGUCACAAAUCCGCGAAAUGCCCUUCGACGAACGCGUCGCCGAGGCCGAGGCUCGCAACGAGGCCGGCGAUCUGUCGCGAGCCAUCAGUCGUCUCCUCGCUCGCAACGCCGACACGGUUCGCGUCCGCGACGUCGGCCGCCCUCCAAAGCCCAAGAACAUCUUCGACAUCGAACUCCCACCUUCCUACGUCUAUUAA